GCAUCAUCUCGGAAGCAGUCAGUGUGCCCGUGCCGCUCGCCUGAGUGAGAUGUUUGCUUCGUGGCAGCCAGUUGAACAGAUGCUGCGUUGCUCUUGUUAAUUUUUUCCCUGUGAUCAUCCACUCGUUAGCUUCAUGGAUUUCCCUGGAUGAUGUCACGUAGGAAACAGAAAUUUCCUCUUCAUCUAAGGUGUGGAGACGAAAUCGUGGUAGCCGCAGCGGAUUCCUCAAAAAGAAGAAUCGGGUUCAGGUUUGCUUCUGAUCCUCUCAACUCUGAUAUUGCACGGAAACUUAGACCUACCAGCUCAUCUUUAGUGCGGAAAAGAGCAAGGAUCUUGACGAAAAUGAAAGAUAAUUCCUCGUCUGCUGCUGAAAGUGAUAGCGGGAAUCGUUCUCGAAACUUUCUUUCGAAAACUGCAAUGAAAAGAAAACCGACGAAUCGUUACCAACGUCUAAAGCAUCAAGACGUGAACAAGAAAGUGGGGUGCAAAAUUAACCCUAUGCGCGAAGAAACCCAUGAAUUGACAGGAAAGAGAUUCAAAUUCUUAGCUACUUCAUGUCAAGCUUCAGAAAAACUCGACUCGACUGAACACUCACCAUUAACCAUUUCUCAGGCCUGUGCCGCGGACGAUAUAAGUGAAUCAUCUACGCUCAAUAAAAGUGUAAAAAUGUCUGAACCGCCUGAGGAACGCGUGCCCAGUCCGCUAUUGACCCAUGGCAGCGCGAUGUCGCAUCAGGAAACCACCAAGAAACCUUUGACCGAGCGAGACCAGGAAUUUAAUUCCCCUCCAUCGACUCGGGAUGGUUGUAUCGUAGAUAAAACUACUGCUUCGAUUACCAAGUCCUGUGCUGAUGUUGCUGCCGAUGACUGUUUUUCCGCUUUUGCUCAUGUUAGGUCAUUUAGUAAUCUUGAUGUUGCGCUGAGCAAGCAACUUGGCAUUGAUUUGAAGUCUCCUGAACAUAGCAUUUUGGUCAGAAGAAGCGCUGGUUUCAGAUCUAACGACCACCUCCUAACCAAGUCGACUUCUGAAAGCCACGUUUCGGCAGAAGAUACCAAAUCGGACUUGGACUUCUCGGAUGAAUCUCAGCCGCUGGAUCUCAGUUGCCGAAGAGACGUACUCCUUGACGGCAAAAAACUACUGCCUGCGACAGUUAAUGGACUGUUAGCUGAUGAAAUAGGGAGUAUCCACUACUCCAUGAACAUCUCUACUCCUAAAUCAAUGUGCAGUCAUUCUUUACUCGAGGCUGUGAGAGAUGCUAAACAAGUGACUUGUAACACAGGUUCCUUGAUGAAAGUCGUAAAAAAUGGCCAAACUGAGAGAAGUUCAAAAUCUUCUAGACCAACAAGUUCGGUAUCGUCCGUGCCGUUCCUCCUGCCUAUAAACUCGACGUUCCAACUGCCUGUUACCUCACGACUAGGUUUGGAAGCGUCGAGAGCAGCUGGACUGAAGAGUACCAGUGAUGUUGCUCAUUUCACUCGAAAUAAAUCUACAGACAACAAGAACACUUGCACCAUCCGAAAAGUUCCCGAGAGUAUGUGCGAAAUUGAGUCCAUCGGCGAUAGUUCUUCAGACGGUUCAACCUAUUCCGGUAAAGAAUCUUCCAAAAUUUUGAGCUCGACUGACGAAAAUGAUGAAGGUAUCAUUGGCGAUUCCGUUAAAAUUUCUAACUUCAUUAGCCGUGACUGCAGUGAUUAUUUUUCUGAUCCCAAUAGUCUUUCAAUUUCCAACGCUCCUGGAAGCAUUAAUGGCAGUUGUUCCAGGCAACAAAGGAGUCCUUUCGACGUUGAAAGGCAAAACAUGGAGAACGAACUUCGUGAAUUUGAAGCCAAGGUUUUUAAUUACGAGCAAGCACGCUUGUACCUCAGGGACGAUUCAAGCGCACUAGAUGUGUGCGCAAAAUUACCUCUGUUGAAUACUGGUAAAGAAAAGAAAAUAUUCACAGUGAAGGAGGACAGCGAAAAUGAUCGGCAAACAACGGUUACCGUGCAUUCUGAACAGGUGUUAUCCAGUCGUCUCUUGUGUAUCGACCAUCGGAGCGGGUGUCGGCGUGAGCUGUAUUUGUGCUACCUCUGUAACUGCGCUUUUACAUCUGCUACUGACCUGCACCGUCAUGUCGAUCAGGAUCAUUUAACGCACUACACGUGCUCUCUUUGUGGUUUUACGACUCACGCGCCCACGUUAUUCUCGCUGCAUGUCCACCAGCAGCACAUCGCGCCAGCUAAGAUCCACUUGAACUCCUUGUGCCGAACUUCGUAUUCUUUGCCUUCUUCGACGUCUCCUUGUGCAGAAAAGUCGACCUUGUCCAUUGUGGAUGCAAUCGCAAGUAUUGCUUCUGCAGGCACUCUAAAUGUUGAAAAAACUUCGUCAUCUCUUGGAGAAAGAAUCGUAGAUUUAACCUCUGGAGGCACACUGAAAGGAAACUCAUGUAUUGCAAACUUCAGCAGCAAUGAAUUAUUGCUCUCUCCAGGAAAAGCUGCAUCCGAGUUGGGAUUGACACGUCAUGAGACUACAGUUUCAAACAAUGGCACACAAAGAGUUACAGAAUCCAUUGAUACUCUUCUUGAAAACAAUAAUAAUAAAAAUGUUGAUAUAGAUUCCAGCGAUUUGAGAUUUAAUUCUGGGACUCCAUCAGAAAUCUCACAAGAAUCAUCUCGUGUUGGCGAUGUUACAGACAUCACGGAAAGCUCUUGCCCCGGUUCGACACGUAAGCGAACUUACUCAAGUGCAUUCGGAAACAGAGCUGGACAUAGCGGCAGAAGCUUUUCUGAUAGUGGUUCAUUUACUCAAGAAAAUAUUUCACGAGCCAAACUCUCAGCAGCAUUUGACAGCGAAAAGCUUCCAUCGCGAGAUGGAGAUGAGCUCGCGCUCGAUAAGAGCUGCCGAGGCUCUUUCAAGCAUGAGCCCGAAGAGCGACGAUCCCCGUUUUUGUCUCCUGAUGACGACAGUGAUGUCACUGUGGCACAAAUGCUUACUGCCCUCAGGCGAGGGUCGUUAACGAGGCAAUAUUUUCCUGAGAACUUGACAAAUGUGACAACUUGCAACAUGCUGACUCGCAACGGUAUUAUCACGUGCCGUGCUUCAUCUCCCGUUACAAACUUACAAAAUUUCGAAUCACUGUCUUCUUACGCAGCUGGUGGCCAUGCCAGUAAAUCUCUUAAAAAGUUAUCCUCUCCCUGUAUCGAGAUCCCAAACAAAUACAGAGAGUUGCCAGAUGCUGACAAACCAAUUUCACAUUCUCCGCCUUCCCUAAUCUCAGCCAGCCAAUGUUCUGACAGCCAAUGUUCUGGUUCCAUUAAUUACACCGAAUCGGACUAUGUUAGUUCCUCUGAAGGAACUGGAGUUUUUUGCAUUAAAACAGAAGUGCAAGAUGUGGUAACAGCACAUGAUGUUCUGAAACUUAGAGAAGAGAAUGUUAUCGCAGGACUUGUGAACGGGGCAGACGUUUCCAAAAAUUUGACUGCGUUUGCAGUUUUAUCACAAGCCGACACUUUGCCUGUAACCAAGACUCAUGCUGUGAACUAUCCCAAGCUCAAGCUGAAGAACGGUGCAAUUUCUGCGAAUGGUAAAGAAAAACACGCAUCUAUGGAAGGUGAAAAUGUGUUCAAAAUGUACCAGUGUCGGUACUGCGAGAAAAAAUUUGAUCGAGCUUUUUCAUGCAAUCGUCACGAGCGGGUGCACACUGGCUACAAACCUUGCUACUGCAAACAUUGUGGCAAGGGCUUCAGUGAGCCUCGGAACUUGCGGCAUCACAUGAUCCGCUUCCACUCAGACGGAUCUAUGAAACAUUUGAUCAGACGCGACCGUCGUCGACGGCUUAGUGGCGAGUAUGGGAUGAUGCCACUGUCAAAGCCUGCGGGUGUUCUCUACUCGCCCGGAGUAUUUCAAAACCCUGUGUCUUCUGGUUUUUCUUUUAAAAAUGGCAUUGCUGAAAAUAUUGCUAUGAAAGCUUUUUCGGACAACGGUCUGAAAAACUUUUUGCAGCUUAUCGAGCCGCUUCAACAGAAAUCUCUCGCUAUGAACGACAUCGUCAACAGCAAUGUAGGGGACGUUAAGAUGCAGCCUUGUGUUCAGUCUCUAUUGGGAAGCAACGCUGACACGAAGCCACAGCAGAUAUUCGCAAAAGCUGGAGUUAAUCUCCUUUUAAAAUCACAAUUGCCUUUUGCUACUCUUUUGUCUGAUGUCCCAACGUCUCCUGUUGAUCUCACCAGAGUUACAGAUUUAAUCAGAAGCGACGCUGACACCAAUUAUGAUUCCGAAUAUUCACUCGGGUACAGUAGUAUUAAUUCUGAGGCGAAUGUGUGCAGACAAGUCCCAACAUCUGCCUCUGAUACUGUGAGUGAGGAUGACAAACUUGAAGCUCCUACGAAUCAAUUGUGUGAUGGCUUGGACGAUGAUCAGCCGUCAAUCAGAGAUGCCGACAUUCAUGUAAUUGAUGAAAACGAGAUUCAACCGUCAUCUCCAGAGGAUCACACGCCAAAUUUCUCCAGCGCAUCUCCAAAAGAGAGUUCGACAAGUGAAGGUGUCAGGGAACCGCUGCUCCUCUCGCUUCACUGCUCCGAGACGCUCUCUCAGGAUGUCUCAGCGCGAGAUGCGACGCUUCACAACUGCAAUUUUUGUGGCUAUUCUGCUCGCUCAGCGAGUCAACUGCGGGUUCAUCAGCUCCGGCACAAAGGAGUGAAGGAGCACAGCUGUGCGGUGUGCAACUACAGCGGCGUGACGCUGAGCGACCUCACGCGACACAAGAAGACAAACUCCAACGUCCUCAGAAGCGCUAACAUUUGCGCCUGUUGUGGUCUGGGCUUCCCAGCACCUGAUCAGCUCCAGGUACACAUAUUAAAACAACAUCCUGAACUCGAAGGAGCGACAUCUCUACUUCAGAUGAGCCUCGGCCAAUGACUGAGUCUUCUUUUGCCUCUUUGCAAAAAACAUCUUGGUUAGAUACGGAGUCAGUUUUUACAACUAUUCAGUUGAUCUUCAUGUGCUGAUAGUUUACCAAGCUAAGGUGGAGUGGGCCGAGCUAAAGGCAAAUUUCAUGUAUAACAUCGUAUACAAGAACAGGAACAAAUAUGGUGGUUUUCCUUGAGUCAGUUUUGAGCAGGUAUUCGACCGGCUAUAUCACUGCUCACCUAAACCGAAUAAAUAUUUAAUUUAUGGUAACACAAGCAAAAGACAUGUGCCGUAGAUUGAAACUUGAAAAUAAUCUAAUUGAUACAUUUCUUUCUUGUGAUGUCCUGGUCGGAACUGUAAAUUGUCGGUCAUUGAGUUUUAUAGCCUUGUUUAUAUACAAUAGUACAACAGCAGUUAAUGAAUGUACUCUUUAUCGAGUUGUUCUUCUUUGCUCUCUAAAGCUAUUUAAAUUUGGAUUGACAGUUAAGUCAUUAAUAAUAUAAUGAUGCAAUUAUUUGGGGCUCAGGGGGAUUGCAAGGCCUUUCGUUUCAAGACGAUACAUUUCAAAUAAUUUAGUAUAUCAAUGUUUACAAUGUGCCAUUAGCUCGGUUUUGUUUUCGUUGCACAGGCGACGCAUAAGUUGACUGCUUUGUUCGGCAGGCUAUGAACGGCAAUUAUUUACUCCCACUGAGAUCUCUGAUCCUGUUAGAUCGAAUUAUUGUCUUAGUGUUGUUAAGUUUUGAAGUUCCAAUUCGUAAUUACCAGACGAAGAUUUAUUCCACAACCAUUCCAGUUGAAUUUACGUAUAAAGAGUUUAUGGUCUAAGUUAACGAGCCUGUGAUAGGCUUGUGCAAUGUUAUUCCUGUCGAUAUUAUCAGGUACGCAGAUAGACAUUAGAUGUAGAGACACACCGGCUCAAUAACGCUUUUCGUUGAUCAGCCGACUAUGUUUUCCGCGGCGUCUCCUUUUUUUUCUUGCAAUGGCGAUCGUCCAAUAAAUUAGGUACGAAUAAGUAAGAUGGGCGCCGCAAACGAAGCCUUAACUCUAGAUAAUCUUAUUGCCACAAAAGGCGUUGUCGUGAGAUUGUUCUUACAGCCAGAUCGCAAUGUAACUUAGAAUUAUUCCAUUUGUUUUGUUCCGCAUAUUAUCUUCCACAAAUUUAUUCAACCGUCCGAUGCAUCACACUCGAUGCGGAUGCUUAUUUAAUAAACAAUUUAGCGCUUUCGCUCUACUGCAUCUGGGCAUUUUGCUGCUGGCAUUCUAGAGUAUACGCUUAGAUUAGGCAACUGUUUACGAUGAAAGCACUUUAGAAGCAGCUUUUAUUAAUAAGCGGUGAGAUUGCAAUUAUCCUAAGCGAUUAAGCUUCACUGUUGAUCUAUCAUGUUAAGUUAGAAUUGUGAUUAUAAAGUUGCAGGUUGUUACCAAAUUUGGCAAUUGAUCACUCAUCCUUAAAUUUACAAUUGUAAUAUGUUACGCAAUGCAUUUCAAUGUUAUGCACCCAAGAGAUCACGUGAGAAAUUUUGUUCGAAUCUCUUCAAAGAAUCAAGUAAUUUGUUAUUCAUGCUUAUGUCAAUGAUCAACUGUAUUUGAUUUUGAUAGUGCAAACAGACUCCUACCUCAUCACCUGUCAUUCCAGUGCGUUGUCAUACUUUGUGCAAUGUUCACUUGCACAAAGUGGUCUAAUAAAACAUUGAAUCGCC